CUGGCUAGGUGAAGCUAACUGUUAGCCAGGUGAAGCUAACUGUUAGCUAGGUGAAGCUAACUGUUAGCUAGGUGAAGCUAACUGUUAGCUAUGUGAAGCUAACUGUUAGCUAUGUGAAGCUGUUAGCUAGGUGAGCUAACUGGUAGCUGUGGAGCUAACCUGGUUCUGUGAAUCCACCUGCAGGUUUUUCACAGUUUAAACGUUAAUAAAGAGCUUUGAAUCCACCUGAACCAGCAGAACAAACCUCGGUGUUCUGUCUUUUCUUGCUUCAUUUGUCGGUGUGUCGAUAAAUCUGCACGAUACUGGAACAACUGAGAGAAAACAUUUAGCUUUUCUCUGCUACAUGUUGGUAAAAUGCAGGAAUCUUCAGGAGGUGAGUUCAGUAACUGUCUGGGAAACAUCAGUCAUUCCAGAAGGAUAUUUUUCGGGGAGUGCAUCUGCAGAGGAAAUAAAAAAUAAUUUAAAAAAGAAGUUUGGAAUCUUCUAUGGUUUAACGUUGACAACAACAACAGGGUUUGUUUUUCAAGAACGAAACUAUCAGAGAAACUGUUUCUGGUUCUUUGUCCAUCUGAAUUAUUUCCAUUCAGCUGAUGAGGGCUGCACCACUAACAACAAUAUCAGAAUUAUUCUUAGAAUUUAUUUUGACAUCACUAUUAUUCACCAUUUAUUGAUUUUAGAGUGUUUUAAACAGACUUUUACUUUCAUGUUGAGCUACAUUCCUGCUAAUAAACAAACAGAAAAUAAUUUUAAUUUGAAUCAGAGCGUCUCUGAAAGGUUAAAUAAAAAUCAGUAGGAACAGAACCUGAACAUCUGCUUAUCUGCAGACACCGCAGUUUCUCUAAACGCCUCACAGUCAUCAGCAGCUGCUGCAUUUUCCAGAUGUUCCCUAAACGCCUCACAGUCUCUGUGGCCAGAGAAACUGCUAGUCUCCAUCAGUGAAAUUAAGCUGAGACCAGGAAACGCUGCGAGCGUUUCUCCACAGCCUCCUGCCAUGUCUCACAACUACCCAUACAGACGGUCUGACACCGACCUCCGUCCUGAUCCUGGACCUUACAGCUCUGCAGACCGCCGACACCCAUCCAGCGACUUUUACAGGCCUCAGGAGUCCUUCUCCUACCCGUCGUCUUCCUCCUCCUCCUCCAGGGCGGCGCUGCAGCCGGCGGCGUCGCAGGACGGCGUUCUGAGCAUCCUGAGCAGCUGCGGUCUGGAACCUGAAGAUCUGGCUCUGCUGGCCAAGCUGCCGGAGGACGUCCUGACCGUCGAGUCACUGCCGCACAUCCUCAAACAGAUCAACGGCAAAAGAGGCAGCGUCAACCUUUUCCCAUCUAGUGCUCCAUCAUCAUCAUCAUCAUCAUCAUCCUCUUACCUCGCAGGCUCCGCCCACCGACCCCCCAGCACCUUAGACCUGGAGCAGCUCCGCAGCCAGCCGGUCCAGUACCCGCUGCACCUCAUAUCGUCCUCUUCUUUUCCAUCUAAUCAGGACCACUGGGGCACUUUCAGGACCCGCAGAGCAGACGCUCCAUCAUCCUCAUCUUCAUCCUCAGGCUUCUCGGCAGACUACCACUACAGAAAAGGCUCCUCUGGCUAUGGUAAGACUGGUCCAGGUCCCUCUCAGGACCGCCCCUCUUUCAGCCCAGCAGAGCAGGGAACCAGAGCUCGUCCUUUUCGCUACGCUGAGGCCCGACCGGCCGAUUCCCGAGCAGCUCCUCCUCCUAAAGCGAAACCGCAGGAGGGGCGCUGGGAGUCCGGCUCUUCUUCCAGCAGAAGCAUCCCACCCUUGGUCUCCAUGCCCUUCAUGAAACAAGCUCUGGACUUCCACGGGACAACUCCGCCGGCGUACCCGUACUCGUGCUCUCUGUGUCAAAUCACUGUGCUGUCAGAGAGGGUUUGGAUUCAACACAUCAAUGGCACCCUGCAUGCAGACGGACAGCUCAGCCUCCUGCAGCAGUUUCCUAACUGGGACUGUCGCAUGGAAACUGUCAUCGGGGAGGACGACCAAUCAAAGAGGAGGGACGAUAAGAAACCCUCCCCGCCACGGCAGACGUCCAAUCAGAGCCAAAAAUCGCAGACGAACCAGAAGCUGCAGAAGACUGCAGAUCAAGGAAAAGUGGUUUGUGUGAAGUUUCCGGCUCAGUCUGUGGACGAGACGUAUCUGAGGAAGCUGACGGAACCGUUUGGAAAGAUCCUCAAGAUCCUCAUGUUUCCGUCUUUAGCAUUCGUGGACCUCCUCACCGUCGACCAGGCCAAAGACUUGGUGAAGUUUCACGUCAACUAUCCCCCGAUUGUGAACGGAGAGAAGAUCGAGUUCAGCAUCUCCAACACCUUCAGCUUCCUCCGGAGCUCUCAGGUGGUGAGUUUCAGUCCAGCUCUAGCCGGAGAAGACGGACGGUCAGAUCUGCUCAGCAUCGUGAAACGCUUCGGCCUGCCGCUCUACACGCUGUUUCUGCCGUCCAUGGCGUUUGUUGAGAUGAAAAAUAUUUUGGACGCUAAGAAGCUGGUUGAUUAUUAUUCGACCAACACUCUGAGGAUCAGCAGCAACUCCAUCAAAGUCUCGUUCUCCGUAGAGUUCAAGAGCCUCAUGAAUGUUCCGUCUGCAAAGAGGUACGAGGAGGAACCCCCUUCAGUCAAGAGGACGAGAAGUUCAAGUCGAGAGAAAGACGAAAAGUCAGAGACCAAGAGGACGAGGAGGGAAUCCAGCAGAGACCGUAAGACAAGGUCCAGAUCAAGAGACAAGCGGUCCAGAUCCAGAGAAAGAUCUAAAGAAAGAUCUGACCGACACCGGAAGAGUAGAUCCAGAUCUAGAGACAAAUCCAGCAGCACGUCCUCCAGGAAGAACAGGUCCAGAUCCAGAGACAAGUCUAGCCGAAGUAGGCGGACCAGAACAAAGUCCAGGUCCAGGUCCAGAGAUAAAUCAAGAACAAAGUCCAGUAGAGAGACCAGAUCCAAGUCCAGGGAAAAGUCAAACAGAGAGAAAAAGAGCAGAUCCAGGUCCAGAGAGAAGACCAGCAAAGAGAAACGGACCGAACCUGGGUCUGAGUCCAAGUCCAGGGACAAGUCCAGUACCGGGCCGACCGUGGAAAAGAUGGUGGAAUCAGAGUCCAGGUCUGAAGAUGAACCAGCUUCUCUUAGCGACUCCAAACCUGAAGCUACAGACACAGAACAGACAGAGGAGGAAGCAGAGGUUUCUGCAGAAGACAGCGACAUCGAGGGGAUACAGGUGAUCGAAGAGGAGGAGGAUGAAGAAGAGGAGGAGGAGGAGGAGGAAGAAGAAGAGGAGGCUGGCGAGGAGAACGACAGUCCACAGUCACUGGAGCAAGAUGAGGAGGAGGACGAGACUGAAGAUCAGGAGGCUGAGGAGGACAGUUGUGGAAUGACGAAGGAAGAAUCUGAGGAAACAGCAGACACUCAGGAGGACGAGGAACCAGACUUCCCAGUAGACCUGGACAAAAACGAGUCUAAUCGAGAUGACAGAGUCCGAGAUGAACCGAAGUCCAGCAGAGUGCUUUACUUCGCCAACGUGCCACUGGAAUUCACCGACUCUGAUUUCAUCAAUCUGGUGAGAGACUUCGGGACGGCGGUGCGCUACAUCCUGCUCCGGGGCAGACAAGAGGGUUUCAUCGAGAUGUCGAGUUCAUCAGAGGCCUCAAAAGCUGCCAGAAAGAUGUACUUCAGACCCCCUCCCAUUUACAACAACUUGCCACCCAUUGUCCGCCUCUCCUACAAAUACCACCGGCUCAUCAACGGGACCGUUGUACCUUUAAACAGAGGCAGUAGGAGAAGGAGCAAACACCGAAGUCCAAGCAGGAGCAGGAGCAAAUCCAGAACUUCAGACUGGGACAAAGCCGACAAGAGGUUGAAGAGGAAGAAGGAGUCUUUGAAGAAGUCACCAGAGAAAGAGUCAGCAUCUAAAGAGACUCCAGAGAAAGAGUCAAUGUCUAAAAAGACUCCAAAAGAGUCAACGUCUGAAAAGACUCCAGAAGAAAAUUCAAGAUCUAGAAAGACUCCAGAGAAAGAUUUAACUUCCAAAAAGACUUCAGAGGAAAAUUCAGCAUCUAAAAAGACUCCAGAGAAAGAGUCAGCAUCCAGACAUACUCCAGAAGAAGAUUCAAGAUCUAGAAAGACUCCAGAGAAAGAUUUAACUUCCAAAAAGACUUCAGAGGAAAAUUCAGCAUCUAAAAAGACUCCAGAGAAAGAGUCAGCAUCCAGACAUACUCCAGAAGAAGAUUCAACAUCUAGAAAGAUUCCAGAGAAGGAUUCAACAUCUAGAAAUUCUCCAGAGAAAGAUUCAACAUCUAGAAAGACUCCCGAGAAAGACUCAACAUCUAGAACAAGUUCAGAAGAAGAUUCAACAUCUAGAAAGAUUCCAGAAGAAGAUUCAACAUCUAGAAAGACUCCUGAGAAAGAUUCAACAUCUAGAACAAGUCCAGACGAAGAUUCAACAUCUAGAAAGACUCCUGAGAAAGAUUCAAUGUCUAGAAUGACUCCUGAGAAAGAUUCAACAUCUAGAAAGUCUCCAGAGAAAGAUUCAACAUCUAGAAAGACUCCAGAAGAAGAUUCAACAUCUGGAAAGACUCAAGAAGGAGAUUUAACAUCUAGAAAGACUCCAGAAGAAGAUUCAACAUCUAGAAAGACUCCAGAGAACGAGUCAUUGAGCAAGAAAGCAGAAGAAAAGAACCUCGAAAACACAUCAGAGAAGGAUGAUGCUGGUAGAAACACUCCAGAGGAGAAAACACGUCCAGAAAACAAAACCCAAAAAAGAGAAGAAACUCCCGAGGACGGCUCAGUGUCCCAAGAAACCAUGAAGACAGAAUCAGCAAAAGACAAAAAAGAUCUUGAGAUAAAACAGAAACCGGAAGAUGAUCAGCUGGAAGAGAAACCGUCAGAGGCGGACGAACCGAGAGAUAAAGAAGAAAAGACGACUGAAGUUUGUUUAGAGUCUGAAACAUCAGAGUCGAAGGUGAAGGAUUCAGAGAGUCCAGAUCCACCAGUUGGCACCGGAGAUGGUCCAAAACCUCAAGCUGAACAGGCCGACGACGCUGCAGCGGAGACGGAGCGACAGUCUGAACCUGAAAAACCUGCCAAACCCGUCGGUACAGAGUUUGUGCGUCCCGUCGUCGGUUACUUCUGUAAACUCUGUCAGCUGAUCUUCGCCGACGAGGAUGAAGCCAAACAGCAGCACUGCAGCAGCCCGACACACUACAGCCGAUACCAGGAGCAGACGGGGAAAGAUCCGUGGACGAGCUGAAGGAGGAACUCUGCAGAAAAUCCAAAACUCUUUAAGAAGAUCUGAACUCCAACACAGCAUCUGAGGAAACAGGUUUAUUUUCUAAAACGUAAAAAUACAGCAAAUACGGAGCAAGAAAAAGACGUGACAGGAACAGUUUAAUGCAGUGAACCGGCUGGAACUACUUCCUGACCGUAUCCAUCCACUCUGCGGGCGGAAGGAUACAGUUUGUCAAUUAAAAGAAACGUCUGGUUUUGCCCAAAAAUUUUCAGUUUUCUGUCGUAAAGAGAAAAAAAAAAUAUUCAAAGGGUUGCGGCUCUGGAUGGUUCACUGGUGGACAUUUGAGUCAAAACAGUAAAAAUAAUUCUUUUAGUCCUCAAGUUGAUUUAAAAACAAAAGUAAUGGUAGUUUAAUGACUUUGUGGACGAACCAAUCAGCUGUUUGGUCUCUAAACUCUCAGAAAAUGGUGAAAAACGUCUUGUUUUGUCCAAAGAUGUUCAGUUUGCCGUUACAGACGAUGAAAGAAACCAGAAGACAUUCACAUUUAUCAAAACAGGUUUGUUCAAAACAAAACAAUCAGCUUCACUCGCAGGUAAACGUUGUUUAAGCUGGGACUAUUUCUCCACAGAGUGUAUCCUUCCGCCUUCCAACAGGGUGUUGGAAGGCGGAAUGAUACGCUCUGUCAAAGAAGUAGUCGCACAGACGUGCUCGCUGCUCUCAUCGAUUAUUAUUAUCGAUUCUUGAUCAGAAACCCAAACGGAAACACUUUUUUGUUCGGUUUUUUACGGCGGUUAGUCGGCCUAAACAUGACCCGAAAGUUUAUUUUUACUGUCAAAACUAUCAAUGAUGUAAAAGUCAGUCGAGUUUCAUUUCACAACGAAUAUUGUCACCGAUUCUUUCGAUUUGUGGAUCAAUAGUUGUGUUUUUUUGGUGCAAGAAACGUUCAAUGCUGAACUGAUUUGGCUACAAAGACAAAACAAUCAAAAAAACUUAAAUAUUUACUCUGCAGCCGCUACAACUGUCUUUAAUUCUUUAAAUAUUGAUCAGAUAAAUUUGAUUUAUUGGAUUUUAUUUGACCUUUUAGUCACUUUGUGCUCUGAUCGAUCAGUAUUGGAACUGAUAAUCGAUUGCUGGUUGCCGUAGUGACAGGAGGAUUCAUUGGACUUGAUUUUUUUAAUUUCCCCCAAACGGCUGCCUUUGUUUACGACUUUCAGUCUGAGCUCAGUUUGAAUCUUAUUGUGAAAUAAAAACAGGAAGUGGCCUCGUCA